AUGUGCUGUGUGCAAAAUGCAGAACGACAGCCAACAGCUUUGCAGACAGCAUUUGCUGGAGGAGCAGCUGGUGCGGUUACACGAGCGAUAGCACAACCUCUCGAUGUACUGAAAAUAAGAUUUCAGUUACAACUUGAACCUAUAAAGAGAGGCUCAAAAUAUAGUUCUAUUGUUCAAGCACUAUCUUCAAUCGUUAAGGAAGAAGGUGUCUCCACUCUUUGGAGUGGGCACAUACCAGCACAAUUACUAUCAAUAUCAUAUGGAGUUUUACAGUUCUCUAUUUUUGAAAAACUGACAGAGUUAUGUAGAAGAUCCGAUCCAAAGUUCUAUAUUGAUCAUAAGCAUUGGUUAAACUUUGCUAAUGGUGCUACAGCAGCUUCAGUUGCAACAAUAGUCUCCUUUCCUUUUGAUACAAUAAGAACUAGGUUAAUAGCAGAGCAAAAAACGCAGAAAGCCUACAAAGGAUUUUCUAAUGCUGUUUCUGUAAUAUACAAGACAGAAGGUUGUAAGGCAUUAUUUAAAGGAAUUAUUCCUACAUUGGCUCAAGUAGCACCACAUGCUGGAAUACAGUUUGUUGUAUAUAAAUCCCUAACAGAUAAUGUUUUCAAUAGAAUAAAUUUUUUUCAAAGGUAUACCACCCUAGGGGAAGUUGUUGGAUCAUCAGUAUCAGCAAAUUUCAUAGCUGGUGGUAUUGCAGGUAUAGUGGCUAAAACUACAAUCUACCCUUUUGAUGUGGUAAAGAAAAGGCUUCAGAUACAAGGUUUUCAACAGCAUAGGAAGAAUUUUGGAAAACAAAUGUAUUGCAGUGGAUUAUUUGAUUGUAUUAAGCUUACAAUAACCGAAGAAGGAUUUCUUGCGCUUUAUAAAGGCUAUGGACCUAGUGUUCUAAAAGCUAUCUUGGUUUCAGCAUUACACUUUGCUGUAUAUGAUGAGAUCAAACAUUUUAUAUUGAAGUUAUAA